AUGUUAUUCAAGAAUCGGAUCUUACAGCUAUCAUUAGCUAAGAGGCUAUAUUCCGUGCAUUCUGAAAUUAGGCAAAAAACGAUUCAUGAUUUAAUGGCAAAGUAUCACGCGCAGAAGCCAAUCUCAAUGGUUACCGCUUAUGACUUUAUUACCUCAACAUGGGCUAAUCGAGCUAAUGCAGAUAUUAUACUAGUUGGCGACUCUUUGUCUAUGUGCUCAUUGGGAUACGCUUCAACGACUGACUUACCUUUAGAUGAGUUUCAAUACCAUGUGAAGUCAAUAUGUAGGGCCGAAGGUACUUCUUUUAUUGUUGCAGAUAUGCCAUACGGUAGUUUUGAGAGUAGUAUUGAAAAGGGCAUUUCAACCGCUGUAAGCCUAAUGAAAUGCUCUUCUCGCGUUAACGCCGUGAAGCUUGAAGUUGGAUCUCAAAAAAAUGAUUAUGCACUUGAGUUGGCAUCUGAGCUCUGUAGGAGAGGCAUUCCAGUUAUGGGACAUAUUGGUCUUACUCCUCAAAGGGUCCAUGCAAUGGGAGGAUACAAGGUUCAAGGCUCUAAGAGCAUCUCGGACGUAAUGGCCAUAUAUCUUAGAGCAAAGGAGCUGCAGGAUGUAGGGUGUUUCUCCUUAGUCCUUGAAUGUGUACCUCACCAAAUUGCCAAAAAUAUUACCUCUAAGCUGCACAUUCCUACAAUAGGAAUUGGUGCUGGUCCUAACACUAGCGGGCAGGUGCUGGUUAUGUCGGACUUAUUAGGUAUGACGAGCGGUAAAGUACCAAAGUUUGUUAAUAAAUACUCAAAUAUUGGAGAAUUAGCUGUUUCCGGGAUUGCAAACUACAUUGAGGAAGUCAAUACCGCAUCCUUCCCUAAAAUUGGACAACACACAUUUACAGUGAAUAGUGAAGUGCUCCAAGAGUUCAUUAAAGAAUUGAGUAGCUAUGGAUGA